UAAUCGACCAUUCGCCCAUGAAAAAACUACGCCAAGCUCAGUGUCUCCUCAGGCUACAGCACCCGAACCUCAUUCAGCUCUCCACAAUACCUGCAGCUCAUCGGCACAAUUCCACGCUUUCUCGUUCCAAAUUGGGAAAACCCACACUGUCCGCCUCUCCAGCAGCCGCGUCAUCUAUCACCUCUCAAACUCUUCAAGAUUACGCGAAAUCUUCUCAGUGGCAUUUGAUCAAACAGGUAUCUUCAUCUUUGACGCCUAAGUUAAUCUCAUGCACCUUUCUCAGUCUCCGCUCGUCCCCUGACCUUAUUCUCAACUUCAUAAAAUAUCUUAGCCCCCAGUGCCUCAACUUGGAAUGCUACUGUCUUGCUAUUUCAAUUCUCUCUCGAAGGCCAUCUCCAAAACAAGCCACAGAGCUUAUCAAGACAGUUAUCUGUUCUCGGAUCGCGAGUAUUAGUGACAUUUUUUAUGGAUUGGUGGGUGCUAGAGAGAGAUUAAAGAUAUCGAGUUCGAUUUUGCUGGAUUUGUUGAUCAGGGCGUUGUGCGAGUUGAAAAAGGGUGAUGAGGCAUUUGAGUGCUUUAAAAUGAUGCAGGGGAUGAAUGUCUUGCCAAAGAUUGAGACUUGUAAUGAUAUCUUGAGUUUGUUCCUUAAGUUGAAUAGGACGCAAAUGGCCUGGAUUGUGUAUGCUGAGAUGUUUCGAAUGAGGAUUAAUUCUGGUUUGCGCACGUUUAAUAUUAUGGUCAAUUUGUUAUGCAAAGAAGGGAAGUUGAAGAGGGCUAAAGAAUUUAUUAGGCAAAUGGAGGGUUUUGGGUUCAAGCCGAACGUGGUAACAUAUAAUACCGUAAUUCAUGGAUACUGCUUGAAAGGGGAUCUAGAAGAGGCUAAUAAAGUUCUUGAGUCGAUGAUAUCAAAAGGGCUUGAGCCGGAUACAUAUACAUAUGGAUCACUGAUCAGUGGCAUGUGUAAGGAGCGUAGGGUGGACGAGGCGUCUGCACAUUUUGUGAAGAUGAUGGAAGCUGGGUUGGCGCCCACAGCUGUGACAUAUAACACUUUGAUUGAUGGAUAUUGUAAUAAAGGGGACUUGAAAAGGGCUUUCUCUUAUAAAGAUGAGAUGAUCAAGAAAGGAAUAAUGCCUACUGUAUCUACUUAUAAUUUGCUAAUUCAUGCUCUGCUUCUUGAAGGUACAAUUGGUGAAGCUGAUAAUUUGUUAAAAGAGAUGCAAGAAAAAGGGAUGCUUCCAGAUGCCAUUACAUAUAAUAUACUGAUCAAUAGGCAUUGCAGAGCUGGAAAUGCCAAAAAAGCCUUUAGUCUUCAUGAUGAAAUGUUUAGUAAAGGGAUUCAACCUUCCCGAGUUACAUACACUUCACUGAUUCAUGUCUUGGGCAAGAGGAACAGAAUGAAGGAGGCAGAUGACUUGUAUGCAAAUAUAUUACGAAGAGGUGUAUUACCAGAUCUUAUAGUGUUUAAUGUGUUAAUUGAUGGUCACUGUGCAAAUGGAAACAUGGAGCGUGCUUUUCUGCUUCUGGAGGAGAUGGAUAAGAUGAAGGUCACCCCUGAUGAAGUGACCUAUAAUACACUUAUUCGAGGGUAUUGCAGAGAGGGUAAAGUGGAAGAAGCACGUGGACUUUUUGCUAGGAUGAAGGAACAGGGAAUUGAACCUGAUCAUAUCACCUAUAACACACUGAUUAGUGGGUAUAGUGGGAGAGGUGACGUGAAAGAUGCCUUCAGAGUGCGGGAUGAAAUGUUUAGUUUAGGGUUCAAUCCCACUCUUCUCACUUACAAUGCUCUUAUACAAGGAUUAUGCAAAAAAGGCAAAGGAGAUCUUGCUGAACAACUCCUCAAGGAAAUGGUGAGUCAAGGUAUUACUCCUGAUGACAGCACUUAUAUUUCUUUGAUAGAAGGUAUUGGGAAUGCAGGUAGCUUUAAGGGUAAAAGUAUCCAGGAUGAGGUAUCUUGUGCAUAGACAUGUGUAGUACUUGGAAAGCCAUGCAUGGAUAGAUAUUUUGACAGUAUCAGGCAUGAGCUCUUGCUGGAGUGUAAAUUCUUGUGUUGCUUACUUCUUGAUAGCUUUAUUUUGCGAUUCGAUAUAUUAUACUCCUGCAUGAAAAGUAAAGACACUGUCAUGAGGGUGGAUAGAGUAAAAACACUGGCACCUUCAGAAUUUUGUCACAGUACAUGUGUCUACAGGCUUAAGAGGCUGUUCUGUUGAGGAUGUAGAAGCUGAUUCUCUAUUUCUAGUAAUGCUUCAAGGCAAGCAGUGAAAAAUGUCAUUGUGCUUGCUAAUGUACCCAUCUGAGCUUGUGAAGCAGACUACCUGCUACAUUGAUGUUCUUUGAGGAAAUCUCAUUGCUGCGAGAUACUCUUUAUCAACCUUUUUCAAAAAUGAUGUUUCCAGGGCACUGAAAAUAGGAUGAGAAUCAUUUGAAGGGGGUUUUCCAUCAUCAAGGUAGUAAUGUAUACUUUAUUGAUCAAAGGCUUUGCUAAAGUGGAUCUGAAUAUGAGGAUUUGGUGCUACAUUUUGCUUCGGGUGAGAGACUCUUGCAUGCAGAAACCUUUUUGUUUGGAGUAAGAGUCAUGCGACUGAAGAGCUACCUUUGAAUUAGAUGUUCAACCUGUAGAUUUGGAAGGUUUAAUGAAGUCGAAUACUUCUGCCUGCCUCAACAUGAUUUAGGACUGAUCAUGUAGAUAAAAUUUUUUCUUUUAUUCUUUUUUUUUUAUCAAUCUUUUGCUCAGCGAUGCACUCCAUUUGUACUUUGUAAGUCAUUUAUGUGCUGUAAUACUUUCGGGGAGACAUCAAUUUUGUAGUUAGAAUUCGUGUUGAACAAGAAGAAACUAUUGGUACUUAAUUGAUGAACAAGUAUUGAUGUGAUUUGAGGGAUUUUUGUAAUAUCCAUCUCCCUGAACAGUUUCUGGUUCAUUUUAUCCC